CAAAGAAAAAAAUAGAGUCCAGUUACCUCUUGAAAAAACACCUUUGACAGUCCUCGCUCUCUCUCUGUCUGUGUUUGUGGGCAGCGACUUCACCCAAGGUGCCAGCAGGGGGCGCUCGCUUGGCUGCCGACUGACCAGGCCACUGCGCAUGCUCCACCGGCUGAGUCUUCUCUAUGUUCCGGCUGAGAGUUGCUCCCUGGGAAUCCGGUGGAAGCGGGCAAGAGGAGAUCCCACGAUUCAGAUCCUGCCCAGGGGAGGGAAGGAGAGUCUGAGAUUCAGAUUCAGAUUCCGAGGCUGGAGGAUCUUUGGAGAGCCAGCGGAGACUAGCUGCCCGGUGCUAUUCAGAUCCCGAGGCUGGGAGGAUCCUUGGAGAGCCAGCGGAGACCAGAUACUGGCAUUGCCAGUGGCUGGAAGAUCCGUGCUGAGCCUGUCAAAGGUUCUGAGGUUCUCCCAGGAAUGGGGAGGAAUUCGCUGGAUCCGCACAAAUCUUUCUCCUGAUCUGUCUUUCAGAGGGAUCCCCAAGGAUAAAAGUCCAGAUCAGGAUACCUCUCUAGUGGACAAAAUGGAGUCGCGGUUCUUCAUUGAAUCUCCUUCUAUUGGUGGAGCUGAAGGAGCCGCUGGAUUCCUGACUCAGGGUGCUGUGUCCUUUCGGGAGGUGGCCAUCCAUUUCAACAGUGAAGAGUGGUUGCUGCUUGAUUCCAGCCAGAAAGCCCUGUAUCAAGAAGUCAUGUUGGAAACGUCUAGGAUGGUGGCCUCUUUAGCAUUUGAGGCGCAGAAGAAAGAAAAUGACCAAGAGCCAAAUUUAGGGCCGUUGCAAAUAAUCACAACUGAAAUUGCUGAAGAGACAUCUACAAGUAAGCAGGGAAGGAAGAAACAUAAAAAGAAGCACAAGUGGAGAGAAAAAUCUAUUCUUGAAUCUGUGGAAAUGGAUUGUUUCCUGACCCAACGUGAUUCCAAACAAAAUACGGGGAAAUGUCAAAGUGGAAAAAGAUUCAAAGCAAACUUCAAUGCUAGUAAUCACUGCAAAUCGGGAAAAAGCUCCAGCAGUAAUAAUCUUACUUCACAUGAAAAAAACGAGACAAGGGCGAAGCCCUACAAUGGUAUGGACUGUGGAAAAAGCAUUGGGAGAAGAGGUAAUUUAACUUGUCAUAAAAAGAUCCAUAAAUGUGUGGAUUGUGGAAAGAGCUUCAGUGUAAAGAGUGCUCUUACUUCUCAUAGACGGAUCCACACAGGAGAAAAACCCUAUCAGUGCCUAGACUGUGGGAAGGGCUUCAGGCAAAGUUGUGACCUUGCUUGCCAUAAACGGGCCCACACAGGAGAAAAACCCUAUAAAUGCAUGGAGUGUGGAAACAGCUAUAAUACCAGCAGUGGACUAAAUCGCCAUAAAAUUGUCCACACGGGAGAGAAACCCUAUACAUGCAUGGAGUGUGGAACGAGCUUCACUUGCAAGACUUCUCUUACUUCUCACGAAAGGAUCCACACAGGAGAGAAACACUAUAAGUGUAUGGAGUGUGGAAAGAGCUUCAGGGCAAGAAGUUCCCUUGCUUCACAUAAACUGGUCCAUACAGGAGAGAAACCCUAUAAACGCAUACAGUGUGGGAAGAGCUUCAGUGUAAAGAGUUCUCUUACUUCUCAUAAAUGGGUCCACACAGGAGAAAAACCCUUUAAAUGCAGAGAGUGUGGGAAGAGCUUCACAACUAGUAAUUCCCUGAUAUGCCACAGAAGGAUCCAUACACGGAGAAAACCUUACAAAUGUGUGGAUUGUGAACAAAGGUUCAGUAGGAAGUAUUCCCUUAUUUCCCAUAAAAGGGUACAUACUGGAGAAAAACCCUAUAAAUGCCUAGACUGUGGGAAAGGCUUCAGCCAAAGCGGUACCCUUGCUUCUCAUAAACUAGUCCACACAGGAGAAAAACCCUAUACAUGCAUGGAGUGUGGAAGGAGCUUCAGUGUAAAGAGUGCUCUUACUUCUCAUGAACGGGUCCACACAGGAGAAAAACCCUUUACAUGCAUGGAGUGUGGAAAGAGCUUCAGGCAAAGCAGUUCUCUUAAUUGUCAUACACUGAUCCACACAGGAGAAAAACCCUAUAAAUGCCUAGACUGUGGGAAGGGCUUCAGGCAAAGCGGUAGACUUAUUUCCCAUAAACGGCUCCACACAGGAGAGAAACCGUAUAUAUGCAUGGAGUGUGGAAAAAGCUUCACUGUGAAGACUACUCUUACUUCUCACCAAAGGAUCCACACAGGCGAGAAACCCUAUAAAUGUAUGGAGUGUGGAAAGAGCUUCAGUGUAAAGAGUGCUCUUACUUCUCAUAAACGGGUCCACACAGGAGAAAAACCCUUUAAAUGCAUGGGGUGUGGAAAAAGCUUCAGGCGAAGCAAUUCUCUUAAUCGUCAUACACUAAUCCACACAGGAGAAAAACCCUAUAAAUGCCUAGACUGUGGGAAGAGCUUCAGGCAAGGCGGUAGCCUUAUUUCCCAUAAACGACUCCACACAGGAGAGAAACCCUAUACAUGCCUGGAGUGUGGAAAAAGCUUCACUGUCAAGACUACUCUUACUUCUCACGAACGGCUCCACACAGGAGAGAAACCCUAUACAUGCCUGGAGUGUGGAAAGAGCUUCAGUGUAAAGAGUGCUCUUACAUCUCAUAAACGGAUCCACACAGGCGAAAAACCCUUUAAAUGCAAACAGUGUGGGAAGAGCUUCACAACUAAUAAUUCCCUGAUACGCCACAGAAGGAUCCAUACAGGGAGAAAACCUUAGAAAUGUGUGUAUUGUGGAAAAAGGUUCAGUAGGAAGUUACUUACUUACUUCACAUAAAAGGAUACAUACUGGAGAAAAACCCUUUAAAUGCAUAGAAUGUGGGAAGAGCUUCAAAAGUAGUACUUACCUGAUGUGCCACAAAAGCAAUAGCCUUAUUUCCCAUAAACGGGUCCACACAGGAGAAAAACCCUUUACAUGCAUGGAGUGUGGAAAGAGCUUCAGUGUAAAGAGUGCUGUUACUUCUCAUAGAAAUGUGGAAACAGCUAUAAUACCAGAAGUGGACUAAAUCGCCAUAAACGUGUCCACAUGGGAGAGAAACCCUAUACAUUCAUGGAGUGUAGAAAGAGCAAGACUUCUCUUAUUUCUCAUGAGAGCAUCCAUACAGGAGAAAAACCUUAAGAGAAUCCACAACAGAGGGAAAUAGAAAUGUACGGAAUGCGGAAGGAGUUUUUGUGAAAGAGAAUCCUUCUCAGGAAAGAAUGCACAGUGGGCAGGGAAAUAUCCUGUGGACAGCAAUCAACUUAUUUCCCUUACGGAUAAACAGAAAAAUGAAUUGACAAAGAAGUUAGAUUUUCAGGUAGUCAACAAAGUUAAAUAUUUGGGAGUAUACUUAACAGGAAGAUGUGAAACAAUUAAAGAAGGUAACUAUAAAAGAUUAAUACAACAAAUGUGGCAUUUGCCACCAGGAAGAAUAGCCAAGAUGUUUAAAAACCUGUCAGCCAAAUGUUGGAAAUGUAAUCAGGAAAUGUAAACCGGGCUCUUAUUACCAUAAGUGGUGAACAUGCCGAAAGGCAAAAAAAAAAUUGGAUGAAAAUACACACAUAAAACACACAUAAUUAGAGUUAAAUACAUAGUUAAAGCAACAUAUAGUUAACACAUAGUUAAAGCAAGAUAGACAUUUAAAGUCAGAAAUAAUUUUGUUAGGUAUAAUAUCAGAAAAAUAUGACAAAGGGAACAACUAUUUAAUACUACAUAUAUUGACAGAAGUGAGAAUUGAAUUUGCACAACACUGGAAGAAUGAGGAAACUCCUACAGACCAAAAUAUAAUUAGAAAAAUACUAGAUUGUACAGAAAUGGAUAGGUUUACAUUAAAGAUAAAGGACAAAGAAGACACAAUGUUUUUUAACAUGGGAUUUGUGUUAUCAAUGGUUAGACAGUAGAGGUAGAAAUUAGAAAUUAGCCAAAGGGAGCUGCGCCAAGCCGGCCACACACCUAGCCAUGACUAGUUGGUCGAGGCCUCCCACCUUCUACCAGCCACACCCUCCUUCCAUCCCAGCCACUGAAAAUCUCUCCCAAAUACAGGCAGAGGCAUAGAAUCAAAAUCUGCUGAAGUAUUAGUAUCGUUUUAGUAAGUCUUUAGUAAGUCCAUACCUGGAAUACUGCAACUAAUUUUGGUCACAGGUGUUGACACUUUGGAAAAAGUUUGGAGAAGAACAACUAAGGUGACCAAAGGCCUGGGGACUAAAACAUAUGAAGAAUGGUUGCAGGAUUUGGGUAUGACUAGUCAGUCUAGAUUUCAACCUAGAAAUAGGGAGAAAUUUUCUAACAGUGGGAACAAUUAACCAGUGCAACAGCUUGUCUUCAGAAAUUGUGGAUGCUUCAUCACUGGAGGUUUUUAAGAAGACACUGAACAAUGAUUUGUUUGAAACAGUAUAGGGCAGUGUUGGCGAACCUUUUCGGCAACCAAUGCCGAAACCAGAAUGCUUGCUUUUCCACAUGUGCAUGCCAGAAACCAGAAGAGCAGGUGGUCUUCACGCAUGUAGGAGCGCCCGAAACUGGAAGAGCAGCUACCUGAUGCGUGUGCGAAGAGAGAGCACUUUGUGUACUCUACUACGCGUGCCAUAGGUUCGCCGUCAGUAUUGGGUGUCCUGCUUGAGCAGGGGGCUGGUCUAGAAGACCUCCAAGGUCCCUUCCACCUCCGUUCCGUUCUAUUCUCCCAACUGAAAGGGACUUUAAAAAUGGUUUUAUUGAUCCAACACUAUACCAUAUAACCAAUAUUUUUUUAAAAAAAUGACUUAAAUUUCUUGAUUUAAAAUCAUUGUUCAGUUUAUCAGAUUAUAGUAAUCAAUACCGUAUUUUCUAUUUCUCAAGAUUUCAAAUGUACUUUAGUGUCUCUAUUUUAUUUUGUGAUAUCAAGUUGAUCAGAAAGAACAAUCAGGCUUGCCAUAUUAGGGGAUCGUAGCAUUGAUAUGAUUUCAGAGAAAACUGUUAGGAGCAUGAUUUCUGCUUUUUAUCUUAAUAUAACCUUUUAAAAAACAUAUUUCCUGAUUAACCUCCUUUCUCAAUUUGAAAGAUUAAUAAAUUAUUCGAAACAGUUG